AUGCCUUUUUCUUUUGUACAUUACCUUCAAAAUAAACGCAUUAUACUCGCUUCUGGUUCCCAACGUCGACAAGAAAUUUUAUCAAAGUUGGGGUUGAGUUUCGAUGUGGUGCCAAGUAAAUUUCCUGAAAAUUUGGAUAAAUCAAAAUAUACACCUUUUGAAUAUGUAAUCGACAAUGCCAUCGAGAAGGGUUUAGAAGUUUAUGGACGAUUAGUGCAAGAAGAUCAAGAGAUUGACAUCGUGAUUGCAGCUGAUACGGUUGUUUCCAUAGAUGGUAAUAUUUUGGAAAAGCCAAAAGACACCGAAGAUGCAUUGCGAAUUUUAAAGAAACUUAAUGGGAGAUCACACCAAGUUUACACGGGAAUUGCUUUAAUAUAUCCUUUAUCAGAACCUGUUCAUCCAGGUUAUAAUAUUAUUUCCUUUGUAGAAGAAACUGAAGUCAUAUUCAGAGAAUGCAGUGAAGAAGAUUUUAAGGUUUAUAUAAAAACCGGUGAACCGAUGGAUAAAGCGGGUGCUUAUGGUUAUCAAGGACUUGGUGUUAUUAUAAUGUAG